AUGGAUACUCUGGAGAAGUUGAAAACACGACCCAAGGCCCAUGGUGUUAGCAGUGGCAAUAAGAAUGACGAUGCUAUCAACGAUCCCGCAGGCCAAACAAUGUCGUUGGACUUCGUGAUCGACUAUAUCCGACACUGUGCUGGAUAUCCGUCGGAGACUUCAGCGGCUAAUAGCGAGAUGGUUCCAGUUUCCGGAUAUGUUGCAGCUACAACAGAGCUACCUCAAAAUGGUGAGGAGGAGGAGAUUUGGACUCCUCAGAAGCAAGUUACGGAUCCCUGGUUUUUUGAUGAUGAGGGUACUCGUGACUACGACGUCCGCUACGGCAACAAGGAACUCCCUGUACGCACAGUGUUCGACGCUUUAGGCUGGAUUUUGUCGAUCACGACGGGCGCCGAUCCAGAACGCAAACGUACACAGAGCAACUUCUAUCUCCCACUCAUAGGAUUAUAUGCAAAGUGGUGCGACACUCUGAUGAACGGCGAGUACCAGCCCACCAUGUAUCACAUUUCAUGGUGGAAGGAUGGAUCUAACAAUGGCAAGACCAACGUCUUGCUCGGAGCUACUCCCGGUGGCGACCAUUCAAUCAUGGACCCCAAACUCAAUGGGGCCCUGGUUGGGAAUGAGGAACAAAGGCAGAGUGAAGAAAAUCGUCGCAUACCAGAUGCGAAGUACCGCGCGAAGAACAAAGAGAAGAAGCAGAAGAUUAAUGACGAACUAGAGGCUAUCAGUGAUGGGACAGCGAAGAAGGCGAAGAGAAAGGAACUGGAAGCCCAGGCGGUGGCUGAAAAGAAGGAGGCCGAGGAGAGAGAAACACGGUACGAAGGUUUCCGAGGGCUCGAUGUGAUCGUACAACGCCAACAUCGGCUCCUGAAGGCCAAAAUCACACCCCCUCGGAAAGAAGAAUUGAUCAUCACUCGCCUGGAGAACAAGCUGGAGGAGCUUGGUGAUAUAAGCGAGGCAGAGAAGCAAGCGGUCCUGUAUGAACUCAACAACAAGUUGUAUCAGGAAGGCAAUACUGGGUACGGCAGCCAAGCCAAAAAGGCCAUUCCAGAAGUGUUUGGUUUUGCCAUCAACUCGACUCAACUGUACAACCGCUGUUACUACGAAAAGACAGCUAUCAAUUUCCAAGAUUUAGUGGGAUCUUUUGCGGCGCCCUGCCGCGAAACAUGCGCCUUAAUCAUCAAAACUGAUUUCGACGGAAAAAUAAAAAUGCUUUUUGGGGCAAAAGAUUUUGCUAAAGCGAACGAGCACACGCCAGAGCCUGCUGAAGGGAAGGGUGGGAAGAGAGCGAAUAGGAAGACUGAACAGGAGGAAGCCGAUGUCACCGAGACGAGCAAGAGUCAGGGAAGUGAUACCAGAGCAAAGAAGAAGAAGGACAAGAAGGUUACGGAUCCUUCUGCAGCCGUUGAGACAUCCACGAAUGCGACAGGCGUGGCAAAGCAAAAGAAGAAGAAGAAGAGUGAGUAG